AUGGUGUUCCGAAAAUAUAGACCCUCUAAACAAUGGGGAAAUGCGGAUACGCGUAUUUUCAAAGCUAUGCUUAAAGCUCGAAACGCAAGACGGAUGCCAAUCUUUCAUGUUCCGGAUGCUGUCAAGGCUUCUGGCAUCACUGUACACAAUCCAAAUGAUCCAUCAUUUUUUUCAUCUUUUAUGGGAAAUAGGGAAGCUCUUCCUGACUUACGAGUGAAUCAUCCAGCAUUUCGGGUGCCUUCGAUAGAGGAACAUCCUUUGUAUAAAGAAACGAGCAGCUUGAUAUUUGACGGCAGUACUGCAUUGAGUGAUGGUAUUGAUCAAGCAGCUUUACUCAGCAAAGCUAUUGUAAGAGAAGGGUUCCCGGAAAAUGUGUUGCACAAAGUUGGUCAAACCGAUAUUUCGGAUGAAAUGAUUCGCGAUGCAAUCCUUCAUGGCGAGAAAUAUGAUCCCACUCUUGAAAAAUUACCAAGACGCUUUGAUCCGGUACUAUUUUGGGUAAAUCAUUACAUAGUACAUGGUACUCCAGUUACUAAAAGAUUGAACAUUAUUCUCGACAAUCUAUCUCGGAUCGCGUUACUCACUGGAUUGAGUAGUGGAAAAUUAAUAGACCACACUUGGGUUGAUCGUGAUGAGCCUCUUUCUGCAAUGUUACCAUCUUUGGGAUCGUUUUCUUCGAAGCCGUUCGUUGUUCGAUUUCUCCCGCAUGUUACUUUGCAAACGUCGAAGCCAAUUCCUGCAUGGGCUGCGGUGGAUGAAAUUGAAGAGUUGAGCAAACAACAACUUCCGGACAUUCGCCCUCUGUCCCCUGUGAUCGAUCUUGGCAAGGAUCAUAUUUACAAUGAUACGCCUGUCGUACCACGAGCAGAGACUUCUCAGUCGUCACUUCAUACGCUGUUAUGGUGCCGAGAGCAGGAUCAGAAAUACCCCUGGACUAAGGAGCAAAAUAUUGCGAAUGCCAUCCUUCUCACAUUUGGAGCAGCUGUAGCCGAAGCAACUAAAAAACGCGGCGAUAGGGAUUUGAAGGCGAAUCCAGUGGUUGUGAAAGGUGUUCAACUUGUUAAUGGCAAAUUGGAUAUGGUUACGUUCCAACUGAACACGUUAGAUUUGAAUGCUGAAAACCAUACCAAAAAUGUUGUUUGGAUUGAAAAAUCAUGUCCGUUGUAUGAACCAAAGCCAUUUUACGAACAAUUGACGGAGAUACCUCAUGUUAACAUGGAAACAUAUAUGUCCAACAAUUUAAUAUUACAAAAACACGUGAAAUUUCUCAUAAGGCAUUUGAAUGUUUUCCCGGAACAGUACUGCUCAUUAGAUACCAACAGGGUGACACUGCUUUUUUUCGCCUUGUCUGCGCUCGAUCUUAUAGGAGAAUUGGAUGGUCUUUUGAAGGAAGAAAGAAGGAAAUCGAUCAUUGAUUGGAUCUACAAGCUUCAGAUCACAAGCUCUGCAAAGUGCUGUGGAUUCCGAGGAACCCUAGGUUUUGCGGAGGUAGAUGUUCACGGGAAUGAGUGUAGUGUGGCAAAUCUUGCACAAACGUACAGCGGGCUUUUGUGUUUGGCAGUACUAGGUGACAACUUCCAGAACAUUAACAAAGAAGCUAUUCUCGAAUCAGUGAGAUGUUCGCAAAAAGAGGAUGGAAGUUUCUGGAGUGAAGGGUACGGGUCUGAAAGUGACAUGCGGUUCGUAUUCUGUGCGGUUGCAAUCUGUCACAUCCUACAAGAUAACUCCUACAUAAAUUGGACGUCAUUGAAGAAAUUCGUGCGGUCUAGUCUGAACUACGAUGGUGGAAUAGGACAAGGUCCCGGAGACGAAAGUCAUGGUGGAUCAACAUUUUGUGCUAUCGCGUCGCUCUCGCUCUCAAAUCGCCUUUGGGAUGGAUCGAUUUUAUCGAGGAAUGAGAUUUCUCGGCUGGUAAAAUGGGCCCUCUGGAAACAGAAUCACGGCUUUCAUGGAAGAGCUCAUAAGGAUGAUGAUAGCUGUUACGCUUUCUGGAUAGGCGCCACUCUUGAGAUCCUAAAUGCUAGCCAUCUUAUGGAUCAGCAGGAGCUCCGCUCUUUCCUUCUCACUGCUCAACAUCAACCGCUUGGCGGGUUCUGCAAAGUUCCUGAUCCGGCAGGCUUCCCUGAUCUACUUCAUACCUACUUCUCGUUGGCUGCCUUCUCGUUGCUACGAGAACCGGGUUUCUCUCCUAUUCAUGCUUCUUUAAAUACCUCUGAUAUGAUUCUUCUUGCACCUGCCGAUCUUGACCAAGAAGAGACAGCUUUUCGGAUUAUCACUCAUUUGAAGAGGUUCCAGCAGGCAGCUGAUUCUCUCUUCGAUCGUACCGUCGCAAGAAUAGACGACCUCAAUGUCGCUUGUCAAGGAUUACAAUCGAGAAUGGAAGCAGUCAGCCGGAAAGUCUCUGUCCUACGAGAAAUGAACGCUGCAGGUGUGCUAACAUGUCUUUCAAGUUUUCCACCGAUAGACUACACACCAGCAAAGGAUCUUCUUGUACCUGCUCCAGCUACUCCUGAAAAACCGAUUUUUAAACCAAAGACACCUUCAUUCUGUGUGGCGGACAUUCGUCGAGAGCUCCAGGAAAGGAAGCGAUUUUAUAUCAUUAGUCACUCGAAUAAAAGCAAUGCCGUCGAUUUAUCUACAGAUAAAAGAACUCUGAGGAGAACAGCUAUGUUUGCGGAUAUGUUUUAUAGUGAUACGGACGAACUGGCUUUUGGGAAAAAGUCAUAUAAGAAUGUUGGUUCGGGAAAUCGCGAGAAACCUAAAAAUGACUCAUGCGUACCUACCUCAUGUCCCACUUCUAAUAAAGAUGAAAUUGAAAUUGCGGCAAUAAACAGCAGACUAGGCUCAGUUACGGAUCCGCUGGAUUAUGUACCUGAAUCUGGUCCGAUUGAAGAUCUUGACCUUCCUUUUAUCCUUCCUGACUUACCAGGUGUCGCAGAAGAUCCGAUCAUGCUGGACUACGAUAUUGUACCAUCAGAGUUUCUACACAACUCACAUGCUCCCAUACCGGAUGUUAGCAACGAUUUGAAAAGCGAAACAACAAAUCCAGACAAUCUUGAAACAAAUGCAAACGCUGACAAGAGCGAAAAAACCUCUGGCAUAGAUUUGGACGAGGUGUUAGCGGAAACUCCAUCUUUACCAUUACGCAAAAGCCCUCCUAUUCCAAUGGAAGUACCCACUCCUCCACCACCUGCACCACCACCGCCACCACCACCACCUUCACUUUUAAGUCCCGUUCCAAGCACGUCGCGCUCCUCUUCUCUGCCAAAUAAUGAAAGAGCCGAUCUAAUGGCAGCUAUCCGAGCAGCCGGUGGCGCCAGUAAGGCUAAAUUGAGAAAUGUUGGUUCGUCACGUCGUUCUGUCAAGGACAAGGAAUCACUCAGCUCUUCUGCGUUAUCCGAAAAAACUUCCUUCCCCGGAAACAGCUUAAUGGUGUCGCUUGCGAAGGCUCUUGAAGCAAGGAGAAAAGCCAUAUCGGGAAUGAACGCGCAAGCAUCCACAACUACGGAGAUGAACUACGAUGGGAUAGGAUCCACUGACAGAAGGACAGACGAUGUAGAUGACGAAUGGAAGUAA